AUGUCAAAUACUUCACUCGAAGGGAAACUAAAAUGUUUGCAAGAACGUUUUGAAAAUGAAUUGCGUAUUCGUAGAGAGGGAGCUAUUCACAACCAAGGUGGACAUGGAGCCUCCAAACCCGGGAGUGCACGGAGGCCUAGGCCUCCGCCCAUGUUCACCAGCAGGGAGAUACCUGCAUUCCCACCAAGGUCACCACAGGCCACUGACACUGAGCACAGGAUGCGAGAGGUGUACAAGGUGAGCGGCAAACUGAACGUCGAAGGUGUAGAGUACAGGUCACACAUAGAUGACCUGCAGCAGUUGGGCGAGCUUGGCAGCGGCACUUGCGGCCAUGUCGUUAAAAUGUUCCACAAGCCCUCGGGGGCUGUUAUUGCUGUUAAGCAAAUGCGACGUUCAGGCAAUUCGGAAGAGACAAAGCGCAUCCUAAUGGACCUGGACGUUGUGGUCCGGUCUCACGACUGCCCCUACAUAGUGCGGUGCCUCGGAUGCUUCGUCACCGACGCUGAUGUGUGGAUCUGUAUGGAACUGAUGGCGUCCUGCUUCGAUAAGCUGCUGAAGAGAGUCGGUGCUCCGAUACCGGAGGCGAUAUUGGGGAAGGUCACCGUUGCUACGGUCAACGCGCUAUCGUACCUCAAAGACAACCAUGGGGUGAUACACAGGGACGUGAAGCCCAGCAACAUACUGUUGGACGAGCGUGGCAAUGUCAAGCUCUGCGACUUCGGCAUCAGCGGCCGCCUGGUGGACUCCAAGGCGAAGACGAGGAGCGCCGGGUGUGCAGCUUAUAUGGCUCCAGAGAGGAUAGACCCGCCGGACCCGAGCCGGCCGGACUACGACAUACGCGCGGACGUGUGGUCGCUCGGCAUCUCGCUGGUGGAGCUGGCAACCGGCGUGUUUCCCUACAGGGACUGCCAGAAUGACUUCGAAGUGCUCACCAGGGUGAUUGCGGACGAUCCCCCACAGCUGCCCGAGGACAGCGAUUUCACACCUGAGUUCAAAUCAUUCGUCUCACAGUGCCUAACAAAAAACUACCGCCAGCGGCCGAAGUACGCGAAGCUUCUGGAACAUCCGUUCGUUGUGAAAUCGGCGCGCAGCUCCAUAUCGGUCGGCGACUGGUACGCGACGCUGCCGUUCUGCGGCCAGGGGUCAAGUAAGGGCGGCUCGAGCCUCUCGGUGAACGCGAACGGCGACGCGCCGGCGACCCCCCAGCCGGUGAGGAACUUCGUCACCAGCUCGCAGCACUGGAUGGAGCAGGUCACACCUACGCCGGGGAGAGCGUGGUGGGCGAACAACGCCAGUCCGGGGGGCAGCAGCUCACAGCCGACCAGCUUAGAAGCGGAGUUAUCGAACCACUCCCCCUACCCGAGGAGAAGAACGAUAGACGCGUGUGCCUCCCCCCCUCCCGCGCCGGUGAGACGAGUUUCCACGGACAAUCGGUGGAGGGCGUCGCCUACCAGUUCUGGCAACACCAGUCCCAUAGUGCUGCAGCGGUUUUACCAUCAGAGCCAACAGAGGCGGUCGAGGGUCGACCUACACGCAACGCCGAGGCAUAGAAGUGUAAGCCGUGAACACAGCGCGGGGAGGUCUCCGGAGCCUCCGCCGCGGACGUCGCGACACAGUCGGACGCAAGCUAACGGCAGUAUGGACUUGGAGCCACCCCCACUACACGAUAGACUGCAUCCACCAUCACCCUUACUUCUUAACGACAGAUUAUCGGAAGGGCGAAGUCAGAGCCUGACGCGCGCGGAGGUACGGAACGGCUUCCGCGCCGAGCUCGCCGCGCCCGCGCACCCCAUCCCGCACAAGCACCACCACGACGAUCAGGCCAGCCUAUGACGUAUGUCAGAAGUCAAGUUAUAUCUCGAAAUGCUGCGCUUGCCACUCUAAUCAUUAUAUAUUUGUUUGGCAAAUUAUUAUCAUUGAAAACAUCUCUGUUACUGUAGGGAAACAUAGAUAUUAUUUUUGUAGAUAAAGACAUUAUGUCAGUUUAAAAUUUAUUUUAUUUUAGUAUUUAAUUGAUAAGUAUAUUUUACAGUGUUAGUAAUAACGUAGCUUACUAAAAAGACCUUAUUAUAUGUAAUUUUAUGUACUUUAUGUAUAUACUAUAAAUUCAUAGACAUUUUCUGUACAUCCUAAAAUAUAUAUAUUUUUGUAAUAAAUUUCAUUAAUUAAAAUAAUUUGCCAAACACUGUCACUCAUAAAGAUCCCUGUAUCCCUUACACCAUUAUGUAUAUAAGCAAGUUAAACAAAAGUAAAGAAACCGCUUUCGAUGAGAUUCCUCGCUUCAUGCAGCUGUGCUUUAGCUGUGGGAGAUAUAUAGAUCUGUGGAAGUACUCCUGUAGCUCUAACAAUAUAAAUAUUAACAAAUUAAGUAUAAUUGAGAUCAUAUUUUGUAAAUUGUGAAGUUUUGUAGCCGUGUAAGGGUGUGAUUAGGUUAAAAAACAUUAAAAAUGAAUUAUAUCUGUGUUUAUUAUGUUUAAAGUAAAUUGUGAUCGAUUUGUUUUUUAUUAUGAUGUUUUAUUGCCUUUCAUACAGUUCAAGUACAAUUCCAAGUUAAUUUAUAACUUAAGCCCUAAUAUAUGCCAAUAUUGAUUGGUAUCAAAAUACAAAAAUUAAUACCAACCACUCUUACAUGUAUGCAAAGUUAAUUUUGUAUAGCAAUAAAAUGUUUUUAUCUUUGAGACACGCUAUGGUAAUUGUCUUUGAAAUUUGAAUUUUGGUCCGCCAAUAGCGUGGUAGCAUUACAAAUUAGAUUAUCCAAUCCGAUAAAAGAUGUUUCGCUAUUGGUGAUUUGAUAACUUACAAGCUCUAUACACAUACUGAUAUCGUUCAGUCGUGUCUUAUUUAUAAAUAUUGGACUGUAUUUUUUUAAUAUUUCUCAUAUUAUUUACUAAUUCAUAC